UUGUUGGUUGUUCACGUAGAAAUGGUGGAAGAGCAAAAGCGUUAACGUAGACAUUGUGGAAGAGCAAAAGCUAAUCAGUUGUUUUUUUUUAUUUAGGUAAUUAGUUGGUGGUUCACGUAGGAAUUGUGGAAGAGCAAAAGCUAAUCAGUUGUUUGUUACGUACCCCCAUGUUCGCGAGUUUCUCUAAGGUUUCGACCUCAUUAUCUCCGCCAUGAAAACAAGCCGGCGUAAGCCUCACCUCUCCGGAGAACUUUCCUCAACUACUGGACGUAAUACGCGACCGAAGACCUCAGAGGAUGGAAGAGGCAACGCAUUACCGAUCCCAACUGAUCUCAUCAUCGAGAUAUUCACGAGGUUGCCAUUGAAGUCAAUAGCUAUAUGUCGGUGUGUUUCGAAGACAUGGUCCUCCCUACUUCGCCGUUCAGAUUUCACGGAGUUGUUCUUGAGCUUGAGCAAGUCCUGUACUCUCUCCAGGCUCUUGCUCGCCUACCAAAAAGGCCGUGACUUGUUCUUCUUCUCGGCACCUCAGCCGCAAAACCCGGAUGAGAACUCGUCUCCUGUAGUGGCUACUUAUCAUAUGAAGUUUUCCUUUCAUGCUUGCCUCCUUGGUUCGUUUAAAUUAAGUGGGCUUGAUCAUGGCUUGGUGGGUCUUACAAGUACGUGGAUCGGAAAGGGAAGGGAGCCGCCUUUGGUGCCAAUGAUGUGUAACCCUAGCACAGGACAAUCAUUACUAUUACCUAGAGUGAAGACGAAGAGAGUUAAGGCAAUGAGUUUGUUUGGGUAUGAUCCUAUUGAUAAACAAGUCAAAGUAUUGUCCAUGCCAGUAAGUCAGGGAAGUGUCCUUCCUGUGGCGGAGGAGUAUCAAGUGGUGACAUUAGGAACGGGAAAACUGUCACAGAGAAUGAUCAACUGCGGCCGCGAACUCUGUUAUUAUCCACAUUUGCGAGGGAAGUGCAUUAAUGGUGUUUUGUACUAUCCAUCUAUUGAUAUGUCUACAGAGAGUCAUGUGUUAGUUUGCUUUGACGUUAGAUCUGAAAAGUUCAACUUUAUUAAAGUUGAUAAAUUCUUCACUGAGGGAACUAUGAUAAACUACAAUGGUAAAUUAGGUUUAGUUUGGUCUGAAGGAUGGCUUUCUAGAAAUAGCAGAAGUGUUAACCUGUGUGUGUUAGAAGAUAUUGAAAAGCAGGAGUGGUCUAAACAUGUGUAUGUAUUGCCCGCUUUGUGGGAGGAUAUUGUUGGGAGAGCCUUGUUAAGCUUUGUUGGAAUGACGCGGACAAAUGAGAUUGUGAUGAGGUCGCUGAGUCCUUUGUACCUAUUCUACUUCAAUACCGAGAAGAAUACUGUCGUUAGAGUUGAAAUCGAAGGGCUCGAUUUGUCUGAGUAUACUAGAGUUCACAUUUUUCUAGACCAUGUAGAGAAUGUGACACUUAUGUAAGUGUUUAAGUACUUAAUUCAUAACUUGAGACUUUGUUUGGCUUAUAUGUUUUAAGUUAAGUUUGUUGUUUUAUACUCUCCUCUCUUUAGAAGAAAAGACAUUUUGUAAAAUGGUGAGUUAUAUGCUACUUGGUUAUCAAAUCCCUUUGUGUAUUCUCUUAAUAAAGAACCUGG